UGUCGGAGUCGCUCAGUCAGCUGAUGCCCGGGCGUCAAGGGGGACCUGUGCUCCGUCGCUUCCACCUCUGCUCGCUCUCUCGGUGCUAUAUGAAUCGUUCGAAUUUGUGAGGGAUUUUUAAAAAGUUUGUCGUUUGCUCGACACCAUGAGUGGCUUCGACGAAAUUCUGGGAACGGAAAUCGAAGUUCGGAAAAGAACUUUAGAUCAGCAGUCGCUUGACACAGACAAGGACCUUCCAGAUGCCGCGUUAGACCCGGAUUUAUUCCCCGAAUUUAGUAAGCUCCUGGAGGAUCACGAGCCAGGGGACGACGACAGCCAGGGAUGCCCACUGCCAGGAACGCCGGAGGACGAGUCCCUCAUCGACUCGAAGGAGGAUGAAGAAUUGCGUCACAGAGUAGUCAAUCACGAACCUCACGAUGACGAUCUUGCACUCAGUUCCAUGGCCCAGAGUGCCUUCGAGACUGCGGAGGAGUUAGUGCACAAGGUCUGGGAAGAAGUUUCGAGUUGGAAGACACAACCUUUCUCAAAGCUGCCCAAGUGGCUCCAAGACAACGAUUUUCUUCAUCACUGGCACAGGCCUCCACUCCCCUCGUUCGCUGCCUGCUUCAAAUCUAUAUUUAGGAUCCACACUGAAACGGGAAAUAUUUGGACACAUCUUCUAGGAUGCAUGGCAUUCAUCGGAGUAAUGGUGUAUUUCUUGACGGGAUCGUCACUUGGUCAACACUGGGUACAGGUUGACAUCAAGGAGAAGCUCGUAUUCACAGCGUUUUUCAUCGGUGCCAUCUUCUGCUUGGGUCUCUCCUUCACCUUCCAUACAGUCUCAUGUCACUCUGAGUUUGUAGGAAAACUCUUUAGCAAAUUGGACUAUUGUGGGAUUGCCUUGCUGAUUAUGGGAUCCUUUGUACCAUGGUUGUACUAUGGGUUUUACUGUGACUUCCAACCAAAGCUUAUUUACCUAACUGCAGUGGUUCUCCUUGGAAUCACCACAAUUGUUGUAUCACUAUGGGAGAAGUUUAGCACACCAACAUUCAGACCAUUGCGAGCAGCCGUGUUCUUGACAUUUGGUUUGUCAGGAAUCAUCCCAGCUGUGCACUACACUCUGAUUGAAGGAUUUGACUAUGCCAUCACACGUGCUUCCUUAGGCUGGCUUAUUCUUAUGGGGGCAUUGUAUGUCUUGGGUGCACUGCUUUAUGCUGUACGUGUUCCUGAAAGAUUCUUCCCAGGCAAAUGUGAUCUAUGGUUCCAGAGUCACCAAAUCUUCCACAUUCUGGUGAUUGCUGCAGCAUUCGUCCAUUAUCAUGGAAUAUCCGAGAUGGCCAUGUACCGCCUUACACACGGGGAUUGUACAGCAGAAAAUCUGGCAGCGAUCGAAGCGCAGGACAUCCUUUAGGAUUUAUGAAAUGUUAGUCAAAUAUGCGAGUGUGAAAGAAUCUUUUUCGUUCUUUGAUAAUUAGGAAAUUGUCUUGAUUAUAAACCUUAUUUUAUAUUUUUAUUUAUUUUAAUACAGGUUUUUUAUUUUUUUUUUUAUUCUUUGUUGCCAUUUAGUGAAUGUAUGUGAACUGUGGCAAAUUUGCAGGCAUCAGGUUGGACAUUUAAGGAGGCCAGUGUUAGUGUUAAAAUAUUUUAGUGUCUGCUAAGAUUAUCACAAACUAGGCAAUCUGCUAAAAUGUGCAAGUUGUAAUUUUUAAAGUGGCAUUUUUUUGUGACAAUCUUUAAGGUAUGUUAGAUACAUGGACUUUAAAGACGUUCGACAAAAUCAUGUUUUGGUGUUAUAAUUUGUGUCAUGCAAUCUUAUUUCCUAGAAAAUGUGAUUGGAAAAAUGAAAGGAAAAGAAGAAAUAUUUUGCAGAAAAUUAUAAUUAUUUACUUUUUGUUGAUUGUGUUAUGUUGAUAUUUAGCAUUUUGUAGAAGGAAGUGUAUAUUUUAAUGAAAGAGCCUAUCAUUUUUGUGUUUAAUUUUUACUUUAAAACAUGGAAACCUUAAAAAAGAUAACUUGUUUGAACCCCAUACUUUUUCAAAUACAAAGAAAUGGAAAUCUAAUGAAGGAUCAAUCAAAGAAGAAAUUCAGAGAGCAAGUGUGUUAAAUAUUGAAUUAGUUUUUGAAUGCCAUCAAUACCUUGUUAUAUGAGGGAAAGGUUAAUAGCAGUUUUCAAAGCAUGUGGACAUAUAUAUAUUUUUUUCUUUGUCUUCCUUUUUUUCCCUUCCUUUUUUCUUUUUCUUUUCCCUUAAGACAUUUAGAAGGGCUUUCAUUUAUUUGAGAAUGGAGGUUAAAUUGGUUGCCGAAUGAAACAGAAGGCGAAUGAGGAGGAUUUCAUCAUUCCAUAAGCUGGAUUUUCCUUUGAUUACACAUGCUUAGAAUCAAGGAAGUACAGUGCUCUUUUCAGUGAAAAAUGGUUGCCAUUUGGUUUUGCGAAAUGAAUGUUUUAUAUAUAUUUAUUUUUUAUUUGACUCGAAGUUUCCCUGCAGUUGUCUUGAAGUUUGUUAUUUUUGUAAUUAUAAGACUGGUGCAGAAACUUGAGGGGGCAUUUUCCAUUUCAAGAUCCGAUACAUAUUUUAUUGUUGGGUUUUACAGUUUCAGCACAAUUAAGUUACUGAGGUUAAGUGAUAUUUAUAUAUCAGAAGUACUCGGUACUUCCUAUAUCUGCCCUUUAUUCAUAAAUUAAAGAUACAGGAUUGUUUACUGAUUGUUUUAUGUAGCAGUUAUAAUUAGGACUGUCUUAGUAAUGUAACAGCCAUACCUGGAACACAUACAUACCCACAUUUAUGCACACUACGCCCACACCCACCGCAAACACAUACAUGCAUAUGCACAUACACAUAUACACACACAUUCAUGCAAGGGACUGGCAUGGAAACUAAUAUCUUUUCUGUAGAACUUGGUAGUUGGUGAAAUUAAUUACUUAUUUAGCUGUAUGCCCCUUAUGGAAUGAGUUAGAAGAUUUGUCACUUACGAAUAUUGCAAACAUGGGCAUAGCACACAUUUAGCCUGCUUGGUUAUGUGUGCAUGCAUAUCUGCUCUGAUGUGUGCCUGUUGUAUGUGUGUGUGCGUAUGUGUGCCUGUGCAUGUGCAGGAGUAAGCACAGUCAUAUUUGUGUGCUGUUGCAGGAAGUGGGCAUAGUGAAUUUACCUGCAUUGUUAUAGAAAGAACAAGAAGAAAUGCAGUUUUCAGUUGUCACUGAAGAGAGCUGUCUGUUUUCUCUUGUAGCUUUGCAAUAAUGUAUGAUAAUUUUAUGUAAAAUGGUACAAAACUGCUUUGUGUGUAUUAGUAGAUCAAAAUAAGAUCAGAAAAAUGAUACCAGAGAUGAAUAUGCUAAUUAAUUUCCUUAUGCAUUUAUAAUUGAUAAUGAAUGGUGAGAAAAUAAGUAUUACUGUUCAUUGAAGACAAGAUAUAAAUUUAUAUAUUUGAGGUGUAUUUUUUAUAGUGUUUGUGAAGCUGUAGGACUUACUUUCUGGUCAUCCUUAUAUGAUACGAUGUUUUGAUGUUGGGUUUUGAAAUUGUUCUAGAUUUAGGAGCUGCUCUUAUGGCAGAUUACAGCAGCCUUUGAAUGGAUGAACUAAAUGAAUUAUCUCUACAUUACUACCAGUACUAAUUUGAGUGUCUGACUUCUGUAGAGACAUCAGUAUUUUUUAAGUACUGUUUUUAAUCCCAGUGAAUGUGUUGUAUUAUCAGUCAAGACCAUAGACUUGCCAAGAAUAUUGCAGAAAUAUGAUGAAACCUUUCCAAACAUCUCAUGAGUCUCAAGAUGAUGUAGCACAAGUAUUUGGUUGAAAAAGUGCAUCAUUUAUCAGAGCACCCAAUCGAUCAUAUGAUAAAUCUCUCUGGAGAAUGAAUGUGAAUCUGCAUCUGAUUAAAGGGACUUGAAAUACUGCCUUGUUGUCAAUGUAGAGAAGACCACUGACAGGAAAUAUAAGCUGCAAGCUUUACAUUUGAAAAAUGGGAAAGAAAGAAAAUCGUAUGGGUAUCUAUAUUCUCCUUAUAUAUAUAUAUAUAUAUAUAUAUAUAUAUAUAUAUAUAUUAUAUAUAUAUAUAUAUAUAUAUAUAUAUAUAUAUAUAUAUAUAUUUAUAAUUUUUUUUUUUUUUUUUUUUUUUUUUUUAUAGUAAAUUCAGUUAUCAAUCUAGCCCACCAUGCAGAAUGUCAGAGUUUCAAGAUAACCAUAUAUGUGGUUUUGUUUACAGUCGCAUUCUGUGGCAGAUCAUCCUCAAUCAUACCAUGACUUCAUUUUUUAUUGACUAUCACUAUUGCUCAUUAUCAGCAGUAUGACCAUCAAUGCAACUGCUUUUAUCAUUAACAACAUUAAUAUAAUGAGGUUUAUGGCCCUUUCAUUUUCAAAUUCCCCAACAUGUCUCAUGUAGUGCCAUGAAGAUACUUUUAAAGGACCAGCAGUUAACAGAAAAGUAACCAGGCUUUUUUUGGCUAUUGACAAUCUUUUACUGAUGAAAAUUAUAAGGGUUUCCUAGCAAUGCAAAGACAUGUAAGAUAUCAUUAACACGCUGUCUCACACAGUAAAACCCAUGCCAAGAAAUGAAUGCAUUCAGCCACAGUUAUAAAUUCACAUACACUAUAAAUGAAUUGUAACAUAAUGUCUUGUAUUUUCCAUCAGAUUUUAUUUACUUUCUUCAGAUUAACUGUAAAAUGUAAUUAAAAAUGGUCCCUAUAUUAAUUAUAAAAUGUCAAGGAGGGUUAGAGAAACCCUAGGUGCGAGUGUUCUCACGUUCUCAAUAAAUGUCCCAACAAUAACCCUUUAAAAGUAUACCCUAUGGGACUUCAAGUUGACAGUGACCAGUGCAUACGGCACAACUAUCAUCUCAUCCUGUUAUGCCUCGGAGAUGUUUAAGAUACAAGUUAUGAAGUGUUUGUUAGUAUUUUGUAUCUUGGGCAUUACGUUAGAAUUAUUUUCAGGUACAUUUUUAUUAUUUAUGUAUUUUCUGUGAAUGUAUAGUUAGUUGAUGGAUGAAGCUGAAAUAUGUGUAUUUAAUAUUGUAAAGAUGCAUAUAUUGUACUUUUAUUUAUUUAUGUCUGUUUGUUGUAUUCACCCUUGCUAAUCAUUGGCUGCAACUUGCAUAAAGGGUUGCAACUUCAAUACACUCAUCCUUUGUUAUGCUCUGUAAUGAAAAUAUAGAGGAAAUAUAUUAUAAUGAAUACA